UCUGCGCGUAAGAAGUCGUGUUUACGGGAAAAAAAAUCGUUGGAUGUAUUUUAUAAUAAAAGAAAAAUGAUUAAAUAUUAAUAAAAUAUAAUAAAUAAAAGCAUUAUAAUUGUGUAUAAGUGUUGUGGAACAGCAUUAACUAGCUAAUACAUUAAUAAAGUUAUUAGAAAACCAAACAGGUUGGCUGUGUGCUAAAAAAGAAGUGAGCGAGUUGUUAAAUAAGAAGUAAGAGAGCGAAGAAAAAAAAACAAAAAUAUAUAUGUGUAUGAAUAGAAUCUGUGUUAUAAUUGAAUGAAACAUUCCUAUAGCUUUUGCAUAAAUUAAUUGCUUAACAAAAUAAAGUUUAAUAUUAAACAACAUUUACAUAUCAGUGUAACUAAGGGUCACAUUUCACUAAAAGGGUACCAACCAAAUCUUUGCUGCAUUACGCUCUCCCACUCUUGCUGACAUUCGGGGAACAUUCGCAAAUUUGUUUAACUGCAAAAUAAUUACACAGGAAAUUACAACGUUUUCAUUUUUAAUAAAUGAUGGAUCAUUCGCAACAUACUCUGGAAAAUCAUGCCGAUCAUUCAAUGCAUCAUUCAAUGCAUGGAGCUGAUCACGCCACAAUGGAUCACUCAGCUAUAAUGUCGUCCACCACUACCACAGAAAUGCCCGCCAAUAUACACUUGCAUCAUGAUGUGACCCCUGUGCACCACCAUCAUGCCCCAGCCGCUAGUAGUGGUGAGACCAUGCUGCAUCAUGCCAUGUCGAUGUCUUUCCAUUUUGGUUAUAAUGAAACAAUUUUAUUUGAAUGGUGGAAAAUAGAUAGUGUGGGAGGUUUGUUGGGUUCCAUGUUGGCCAUUUUCAUAAUGGCUCUUUUGUACGAGGGCCUUAAAUACUAUCGGGAAUUUUUGUUUUGGAAAACCUACAAUCUGUUGGAAUAUCGCCCGGUAACCGGCCCCCAAGCUAACCCAGAAGCUGGCCAACGUCCUGCACCCCAACCUAGUGCUUCACCAGUACAAUAUGUCGGAGAAGUAAUACACAAACAACCUCCCACAAUGUUAUCGUUGAAUCAUGUCUUCCAAACAUUUUUACAUAUAGUGCAGGUCACUGUAUCAUUCCUGCUGAUGUUGAUAUUCAUGACCUACAAUGUUUGGCUGUGUAUAGCGGUGGUGUUGGGUGCCGGUGUCGGCUAUUUUCUAUUCUGUUGGAAAAAGUCGGUGAUUGUUGAUGUCACUGAACACUGCCACUAGCAAUGUGCAAUAUGUGUCUGAUAUAUUGUAUUAAUCAAUAGACAUCUAUCGUCAACGAUGGCCAUGUCAUCAGAAGAAAGGGCAUCAAUGCCAGCAACAACAAUAACAACAAUAGGAACGGAAAUGUCGAUGAUGGAACCAGUAGCGGAGGAUAAAAACUUAAAUAAAACAUAUAAUAAAAAAACAAAAGCCAAGGCAACAAAAAUAAUCUGUGAAAAUGAUAAGCAACAUCACCCAGAACAGCAAUUGCAAUAUAAUAGACAACAACUAGAUUAUAAUUAUUAUGAAUUUAAAAAGCAAAAACAUGGAAUUCCAAGAGUUCAAAAUGAAAACAAUGAUGAUGAUUACGAUUAUGAUAAUGAUAAUGCUAAUAAUGAAACAAUUACUAUCGAUAACAUGGCCACAACUAUCAAGGACCCCAACAUUACAUCCACCACCAUCACAACCCUCACCACUACGACUUCAAAACGUAUUAGCAAUACUGGCAUGAUGAUUUCUAGUGUUAAAACUUCCAAUACAAGGAUGCUGGUCAAUGGUUGUGGUAACAUCGGUGCUAAUUGCUCAAAUUGUCGAAAUAUUAAAAUUCUCUUAAGACUAAGUUUAAGAUAUUUUUAUGAUAUAAACUGUGAAUUUGUAAAAAAUAUUAUAUAAAAUGAAAAGAAAUUAACUAUUAAAUAAAAUAUAAAAAAAAUGAAAUUAUUACUAAAAAAAAUAAAAAAUGUAAAAAAAAAACUAUAUAAAUAUAUUAUACACUUUAGUUUUUAAGUAAGAUUCUUCUUAAGCUGAAAUUUUAAAUAUUUUCAGCAGAUAAACAAAAUAAUAUUAUAAAUAUUAAAUAUAUAUAUACAUGGUUACAUUAUACACAAAAAUCCAUAUUAAAUUAACUACAACAAACAUUUAUUAACUACAUGUAUGUAUUUAAAUAUAAAAUUAUAAUAAAUUCUUUUUUACUAAAUUAAUUUAAAACAAAACACAAACAAACAAAAUCAAAUUUAAAUUUAAAAUUUAAGAUUAUAUAAAAAAGAACAACACACACAAUAAGGGAAGAUUACAAGAAAGCUUUAAAGACUGCAGUCGUCUAUAAAGUAAUAUAUUAAACAAUACUUUAGGCAUAAUUGUAACUCAAGUGAAUUGGAAUUUUAGACAAUUAAAACUAAAAACUAAAUUUGUUAAAAAAAAGAAGUAAAAUAAUCUUAUUCUUAAAACUAAAUAAAUAAAGAUAUAUAUAUAUAUUGUUUUUUAUUUGUUAUCAAAAACAAAAA